AUGAAGUCUGGGGAGAAACCUGUCGGUGAUAGUAGAAUCGGAGAAGAAGAUAGGAUUAGCCGGUUACCAGAUUCUUUGCUAUGUGAGAUACUUCUAAAUUUUCCCACAAAAGAUGUGAUCAAAACUAGUCUUUUAUGCCGCAGAUGGAGAAAUAUUUGGCGCUACGUGCCUGUAUGGGAUUUGCAGAUUAACGGGGGUCUAGAGGAUGCUGCUAAAUUUUCUUUCUUCAAGAGGUUUAUGGAUUUUAACAGUUCCGUGUGCUUACAAAGAGUUAAGCUAAGGUAUGUUGGAUAUUCGUUCGGGUUUAGAGACUCAAAGUUGAUAAACAUUGUGUUUAAGCAUAAAAUCCAACAUCUAGACCUUGAGGGUUAUACGAGGGACGAUACAAUUAAGAUACCUCCAACCAUCUAUACAUCAUGUGAGAGAUUGGUAUCCUUGAAACUCCGCUGCCUGUUGUUACCUAAACCGCCCAAGUCAGUUUCUUUGCCUUGUCUUAAGAUCAUCGAUCUACAAGAAAUCAAGUUUGAUGACAGUUCAGCUAUGGAGGUGCUUAUCUCAGGCUGCUCAGCUCUCGAAAGCUUAACAAUGGACAAGAUGUAUGGAGAUAGAGUCUCAUCUCAGUCUCUGUUGAGUUUUUGUCUUACCAAAACUGAAGGUGGGGAUUUGGAUAAGAAAACAGUUACAAUGCAAGCUCCAAGGCUUAAGUUUAUAAAGCUAAACAAUCGUUCUAUUGAAAGAUUCAUUGUAAAAGAUUUGGGCUCCAUUAUUAAGUUGGAUCUUGAUGGUUUUACUAAUUUUGGUGAGACCUUACAUAGUUUUCUUACCCUGCUCUCCUUUGUUAGAGAUAUUACUAUCUCUUCUGACAUUCUCAAGGUACUUCAUAAGUUCUCGGAGUCCGAAUCACUACCCCAGUUUCAUAAUCUCUCUAGCUUGAGCAUCAAGACCGGCAUGAUAACUUGGAAAUAUCUGCUAACCUUUCUUGAGAAUUGUCCCAAUCUAAAUUAUCUGGUCAUGGCCUUUAAAGAGCAUAAAUGGACGAUGAAUUUUUCAGAAAAAAGCAAGAUACGUGGCAGAUAUAAAGGGACUUUUGAGUUCUCUUCUUUUAAGUUGCGAGAAUUCUAA